UGUAAGAAGUUGACCACAAGUGCGGCAAAAAAAAAGUAAGCAAAUCUUACGGCUAGUUCAUAGUGUGUUGCGGCUUUGGUACUGAAUCAUGGAACUUGCUACAAAUCAAGGAGCCAAAGUCACAAAGCCGUAGUUCAGCUUACACACCAAUUAUCAACAGCUCAAAUACACCGCGAAUCCAUCAGCGAGCAGCGGAGGGCAUCGUUCAAAACAUCAACAAUGACAACGGCAAGUGAUGAGCCAGAUCCAAAGAUGUCCCGACUGCUGAAGCUCGCUCAGAAGUUCAAUUGCUUCUAUCUGAAUGGUUUGCUGAAAGGCGAUUGCCGGCCAUUCGUCGUCGAUGGGCACCAGGUCGGGCUGGUCAGCCAGAAUGUGAUCGAACAGCUGCUCAAGUAUCCCGAAGUAUUCCACAUCCGCGCCCCGGAGCAUGGCAAGCAGAAUAUUGUUGAGUUGAAUCCCGCCUUCCGGGAUUAUAAUACGCGCUCACAGCAGGUGGAUCGGAUACUGCGCGAGUUCCGCGAGCAAGGCAUGUUUGUGGCACUGAAGGGAUGGCGCGACGAGUGUUACGACGUCAAGUCCUCUGUAUCCGGCUCGCUGCUCAAGAUGGACCGUUCCGCCACGUGCCUGUUCGGUGUUCGCAACUACGGCGUGGAGAUUAACGGCUACGUGCGCCACCCGACGAAGGGUCUCUGCAUCUGGCUGCAGCAGCGUUCCGACACCAAGCAAACGUGGCCAGGCAAGUGGGACAACAUGGUGAGCGGUGGGCUGGCAGUCGGGUACGGUGUGCACGAGACGGCCGUCAAGGAGGCGGCCGAGGAGGCGUCGAUACCGGGUCAUCUGAUCAAGAACCUCGUGUCGGCCGGGUGCGUGUCGUUCUUCUUCGAAAGCGAACGGGGCAUCUUCCCGAACACGGAGUUCGUGUACGAUCUCGAGCUGCCGGAAGACUUUGUGCCUGACAACUCGGACGGCGAGGUGCAGAACUUUCAGCUCCUGCCCGCCCACGAAUGCCUGGAGCGGGUCUUCGAGCCCGACUUCAAGACCACCAGCUGCCCGGUGGUGAUCGACUUUCUUAUCCGCCAUGGUAUUAUAACGCCAGAGAAUGAAAUCAACUUCACUCAGGUCAUUGAGCUGUUGCACGUUCCACUGCAAAGCCUUUACACGUACCGUACGCCAACCACUCCUGCUGCCACCGCUACUAAUGGUGGCAACGGUUCUGCAACCACGCCGAACGACCGACAGGAUCUCAGCGGCAACAUCAGUACCAAUAAUAGUAUCGAAAACGGUAAGCUCUAAUCAUCAAUAGGAAACGAAUUAUAUAACGAAGGCUAGAAGAAAAAAAAAUGCAGGAUAAGACGGUGCGCUCUGAGCGAUGGUUUUGUUUUUUUGUUUUACGUCAAUCGUUUCGGGGACAUUCUGGAAACCAAAUUAAAAUCAUGUGAAAGUCAUUGAAUGUAGAAAAAAAAACCCGGAAUAGUAUUGGCUGGAGGAAUGAUCUAUGUACCGCUUAUGCU